CCUUGAAUAAAUUCUCUACAAUUAAGCAGUAAUCCGUAUUAUUCUUUGAAGGCAGUAUAUAAAUAGUUCUACCCUCAGCGCGUUUACCUUCCAACAGAAACUGGAAAGAAAUUUUACUCCAGCAAUAAUAAUACUUACCAGUAAUAAAUUUAGGCAAAUAUAAUAAUAAUACAGGAGUCAGAGCACAGUAGUUAAUUACUCGCAUCAUAAUCAUUCCCGGCCGAUAAAAAAGAAAAGUAAUAAAGAAAAAGAAGGGAGAGAGAAAGAGAGAGGAAUAGGAAAUGGCGAAGAAAAUAGCAGCAGCACUAGUAGCAGCACCUCCUCCUCUUCAUCCUUCUUGGGUCUUCAUAACUUUCUCCUUCCUCUUCUCCUCUCUGUCUCUCUAGACUAUCCCAGAUCUGAAAAGCUCUGUCUCUUUCUUUCUCUGCUCAUCCGCUCACAGAAGUAGAGGAACAAGAAAUGAAUGGGUUGCUUCCAGGGGAGAAAAAUGAUUAUACACCCACCACCAUCAUGAGCACAAAUCAUUUGAUGGUUGAGACUGAGGACACAUUUUCAAGUUUACUUGAACUUGCUGCCAACAAUAACAUAGAGGGCAUUAAAAGAUGGAUUGACCGUGACCCGUCCAGCAUUGAUGAAGUCGGGCAGUGGUACGGGCGGCAGAAGGGCUCAAAGCAAAUGGUUUUAGAUCACAGAACUGCUUUGAUGGUUGCAGCAACUUAUGGCAGUAUAGAUGCUCUAAUCUUGAUCCUAUCCUUGCCAGAAGUCGAUGUGAACCGGACAUGUGGACGUGAUAAGAGCACCGCUCUACACUGUGCUGCCUCUGGUGGAUCUCUACAUGCUCUAGAUGCCAUCAAACUGCUUUUAGAAUCAGGAGCUGACCCGAAGUUGGUAGAUGGUAAUGGGUACCGCCCACUUGAUGUCGUUUUUGUGCCCCCAACAUUCCGAUCAAUGAAACCGUCCAUCCAGAACCUUCUAAAUGGGCUAACAGUCGAUUCUCCUCUUCCAGACUCAACAACAUCAUCAUCAUCACCAGAGAGUGAGAAUCUUAACCCGAAGAAAGAAUACCCGGUCGACCCAUCUCUGCCAGACAUUAAAAAUGGCAUCUUUUCAACAGACGAGUUCAGGAUGUUCUCAUUCAAGAUCAGACCGUGCUCGCGUGCGUAUUCACAUGAUUGGACCGAAUGCCCAUUUGUCCAUCCAGGCGAGAAUGCCCGACGAAGAGACCCUAGGAAGUACCACUAUAGCUGUGUUCCAUGCCCUGAGUUCCGCAAGGGGGCUUGCCGGAGGGGUGACAUGUGUGAAUAUGCUCAUGGAGUUUUCGAAUGUUGGCUCCACCCAGCCCAAUACCGGACCCGCCUUUGCAAAGAUGGCACCUUGUGUAACCGAAGAGUUUGUUUCUUUGCGCACGCACAAGAGGAGCUAAGGCCUUUGUACGUCUCAACGGGGUCCGGCAUGGGAUCUCCUUCCUCUCCUUUCACCCCUCCCAUGUCUCCGUCCAACAACAGCCUCUCUAACAUGGGCUGGCCCAUGCAAAAUGUUCCCACAUUGCUUCUUCCUGGAAGCAAUAAUUUCCAGUCUAGCCGGUUGAGGUCCUCUUUCCAUGCGAGAGACAUCCUUGGUGAUCAAGAUUUUAACCGGUCAGGAUGUUCGAAAACCAUGACUCCUUCAAAUCUUGAAGAUCUUUUCUCUGCAGAGAGUUCAUCCCCUAGAUACUCUUCUCCGACACAUAAAUCAGCGGUUUUCAAUCAAUUCCAGCAGCAGCAGCAGCCGAGCGUGUUAUCUCCAAUCAACACUAAGUUUUCACCAGACAACCCUUCGCUUUUGGCGGCAUCUUUUGGAGCUCCUUCUCCACGGGUCAUAGACCCCAUUUCACCUUUGAGUUCCCGGGUGUCGCUACUUGCCCGAUGUGAGAAGCAGCAGCAGUUUAGGAGCCUCAGCUCACGCGACCUUGGGUCAAGCGCUUCUAGUGCUUGGUCAAAGUGGGGUCUGCCUUCAGAAGAGAAGCCAGGCUGGGCUUUCAAUACAGAGGAGUUUGGGGGCAAGCUUAGGAGAUCGUCGUCAUUUGAGCUGGCAAACAAUAAUGGCGGUGAUGAGCCUGAUCUAUCAUGGGUUCAAUCUCUUGUCAAAGAAUCUCCCCAAGAAAUGAAAGCAGCUGGAGGUUCUGAUGAAAACAAUUCAGGUGAGGGAUCAUCGUUGAAUCCUCAGAUGGAGCAAAUUGAUCAAUCUACAUUGCAUGCGUGGCUGGAGCAGAUGCAUCUUGAUCAGCUCAUGGCUCAGUAAACUCACACAGUCACACACACAUAUACACACAUUUCAUCCCUGCUUUUUAGAUGUUGGCAUUGAAAGAGCUAACAGGUGGCCUGAAACAUGGGAAGAAAUUUAUUAUUUUAUUUUAGAUAAUCAUUAUUUUUAUUAAUUGAAGAAAAUAACUGGGUUAUCUCGGAAAAGAAACCCGGUUUGAGGCAAUUCUUUUCUCCCAAUAUUUUUAAUUAUAUGGUAGGUAUGAUUAGAGAACCAUAUCUCAUUUUUAUGAAACCAGAUGUCAUAUUUGUGAACUAUAUGAGACAUUGGCAUAACGUUAUUUGGGAGUUGAUGAAAUGUUUAACUUCUUGAGCUUUCCCACUGUUAGGUUGGGAGUCUUUGGCAUCAUGGAGCUCACCAGUUUGGUACUGUAUAAUGUAUAUGAUUUUAGCUUUACACAUGGAAAAGGAAAAUAAAAUAAUAAAGGAUACAAUAUAUACAAUGUGAGUGGGCUUCUAACAAGGGAAUAAAUAGUUAGUAUUGAUGUAACAUUUCAAGUAAUUAGUUAGUAUUGAUAUAAUAUGUGGAUGCUUUAAUUCUAAAUAAACUUGAAUACCCUUGUCAUGCUUUA